GUGUGUUCAGCAAGUUUAGGAGAAGAGAGCUGUCUGGAUGGUUUGCUUUUCAUAGCAGCCAAGCGUACUGAGGGAUUAACUACUACUACGCUGCCUUUCAUUCAGAAAGGACUGGCACCAGCAGUGUGUGUGUGUGUGUGUGGGUGGGUGGGAAUGGAGUGAGGGCUUCCUGUAUUUUUCAUGUGCGUUUUCUGUCAUGUGUGGGCAUUUUCAUUAGUGCAUUUACACUUUCAUUAUAGGAGCACUGUAUAUUUCCUCCUACAAAUCUGUGUCAUCAGGUGCCUGUAUGCACACGAAAGGAGGAGUGGGUGGGUGGUUGUAGGAUUUAUGUUUUUCUGUUGAUCCCCAUGCAAGAAAUUGUGGUGUGCAGUAGGAACACCAUUACUGUAUGAUUGCCAUAUGGAGGUGACGCAUCUUUGCUGUUGCGGUGCAGGGCGGGGUGGCCCUUCCCCUAUGGAAGAAGUAGCUUUUUUCAGUCUGAGAUGAUGAGGGAAUCCCCAUUCUCUUUUGAUUUUUAGCAAAACGGUAAGCUUCAGUAUUCCCCAUGGGAGGCUUUUGUGCUGCAGGAAAACAACAAAAAAAAGAGACUGCAAUUGUGAGGCAGUGCUGGGGAGAUGAAGAAACAGGGAGCAGUUAACUCUUCUCCCCUCCCCCUUCCUAUGUUUCGUCAACCCCUGCUCUCCCUGCUUCGAUGCUUAACGUCACACAAAAGGAGUCCAAUCAGAGCACUUGGACUUCCCGUUUUUCUCCAAUAGCUCCUCCCCUCCCCAUGGUUCCUUAUAUAUCUUGUGCCGCUACAUUCAGCAGAGUGUACAAUGUGCUGCCAGAGAGCCAGCAGGCAGUGCACAGAGAAACAGCCAGAGAGGGAGGAAAGCAGGGGGAAAGUGCUAGAGCUGACUACUAGCGGGAUUCAAGAGGCCAACUCUGCAGCUUGGCUUGAGGAUCCACCAGCCCUCACCAUCAGGAUGGGCUGCACAACGGGCCACCUGGCUUGCCAGCCACAGACUAACUCGGGCCAGGAGGGUCAGUCCCUGGAGGCUGGUGGUCCCAAAGUGCCUGAGGUGCUCUCCUCUCUGGAGCGUCUUUCUCAGGCCACCGGGGGCAUGGAAAAGUCCUGGUACCGCUGCAUCUUUCCCUUUGGAAUCAUCUCUUUGGUUAUUGGUGUAGCAGGGACAGGUGUGACCUACACUUAUAACGACCUGCCUCAGACUAAAGUGGUGUCAGUGGUGCUGCUUGUCAUGGGUCUUUUGCUGUUGCUGGUGGCCACUGCCUGUUGGACUGUCCACAAGAAGAAGAGAAGGAAAAAGAAAGAAGGAGGCUCGUUUAACUCUGAGCAGUGUCCCCUGUGAGGCACACGGGGAGGACAGUGAUAGGACCUCAAAAGUAGAGACAUACCCAGGGCUGGCUUGAAAAGCUGUCACUUAACCUCCUCCUAGCACCAGUUUCCCUCUAUUCUUUGUCACAGAGUUUUUCUCAGCUCAUACUUGACAGAAUGUGGGCUGAGAGAUAAGUGGAAGAACAGGUAGACGGGACACUGAGGAUCUGUUUAGCCUGUAAGGUUUGGACCAUUUAGGACUGGCAAGGAGGGAUCACCGAUGCCUCACACGUUCUUUUCUCAUCAGACAGCAGGUGUCCAGUGUCAAAACAACCUCAGAGGAGACGCACAAAUAUGCAUUGCAUACUGCGCGCAUAUUUACACUCAUGGAUACAUGGCCCUCGCAGUACUCAUCCACACAUGCACCAGGAGUUACGGUGGGAGCUCUCGCAGACACCCGACAUGCUAUGCAGAGCUGCUGCUGGAGUCAAUGCUGGCGUCACUAGACACGUCAGUCACAGCAUUCCUCCUGCCAGGACAGGUGACUCUCCAAGAGGCCAGAAGUGGGCCAAAGACGGCAACCCGAUACCCAGCUGAAAGAGCAGCGCACCCGCGUCACUGGCCAGCGUCAUUCACUCGUCCUGUGACACCGCAGCAAUGUGUUGGGGGCUUUUUUUACGCAACGGGAGAGUGGAACUUGAGUCCGGCAGGAUCUCACUGGCAUCUGUGUGGACGAUGAACCAGAGAGGGCAGAGGACCUGAUGGGGAAGUGGAAGGUGUUUGUGUGUGCUCAAAUAAAGGUUCUGUGAACUGAGUGGAGAAACCUUGGAUCUCACCACUAAGGAACAUAAGAUUUGCACAUAUGACCAUGUCCAUGCCAAGCAAGAGAAACUUUUAGUAGAGGAACAUUCUUUGAAAGGCCGAUUGUAGCUUCAGCUUCACACUGCAAAGGGGCAGGGCACUGACUUUUUGACUGACUGAUUGACUGACCUCCUGUCAAUAUGCGAGCAUUUACACCCAGCCUUGUGUCUUUGUGGGGCUCCUCAACCUCACAGGCCAGGAUUGUUGAAGGACACUGUCUGAGGGGACAUGCCACUGCAGGGACACUUUGACUGAUCCUGCUCCCCUCUGGCCCCUCCCGCCUGGUGCCUUGAGCAAGCACUCAUGGAAAAAGGCUCUGUCACAUUCCCCCGUUUCCAUCUGAACCCCCGAGAAUUUUCCCCCCUUGUUCUUUCUCUCUCUCUUGACCCGAACAGGACUCUUCUCGUAAAUCCCGUACACCUUCCUCCAUCCCACAUGCUCACUUUUCUGGCUCGAUCCCAAUCAUUUUGCCAUUGUGAUAUAGCCCUGUAUGUACCUUUUUACACACGUGUUGAGACACACACAUGUACAUACACUUGUACAUAAUCCCCAUAGUCCACAGACAUUUGACUAAAUCUCUCUGUGCCAAAGAAAGUGGAUUAUUUUCUCUCGCUCAGUGGAAAGAAUAUUGACUGAGAGUCCCUUUGUCGGUCUGAAAAUAGCACACAAGUACUCUGGUGAAUACAGAUCGCUUGACUCUGGGGUGUCCCUUUCUGUUGCUUUUUCUUUCAGAGAGAAUGAGUGAAUGUAGCUGCACUUAGCUCCACAUCUGCGAAGAGGUGCUUUCUGUUGGUGUGUGGUCUCACAGGAUGAGGCACACAAUGGCAUUUUAUUCUUGUCUUAAAUAUUCUUGUUUCUGUCAGUGAAUGUAACAUGGGAUGGAAAACGCAAAUCACAGAAGGAAAAAGCGCAGUGUAUAAAAACCUUGUGUCUCCAUGUGAAGGACUGCGUACUAGCACCCCUUUACCCUUGAGAACCAUCAUUGAUCACUGUUGCAUCGAUUUUGGCGACCAGAUUAGUGACGCUUGUUACUGAGUAAAAUGUGUCUAUGCAUCCAGAGGUAGCAGUUAACACACAAUGCCAAAGACCGUCCUGAAGGCCAGCUUAACGAUUUACAAGGCUGCAUCUGCUUUGACACACAUAAUCGGCAGCUCAGUGUGCAUUUAGAUGUUAUGUUGCAGAUGGACAGCAAAACUCUGUUUGCUUAAACAAAGGGAAGGAAGGAAAGAAGGGGAAGAUACGGAGAUAAUGGUGGAAGACAAAAGCAGAACCUGGGAAGUCUUUCCUUUCACUUUUGCGUUGGAGCGGGGAGCUAUCCCUGCACUUAGAUUAGAUGAAGGGAGCAGUAUUAUUCAUAAGGGAUAUGAUACAUGACUUGUAGUGGCAGUGAAAAUGCCAAGUUAACCAGAGUACAGUAAGUCUUUUCAUAAAUUUUAUAUACUGACAAAAAAAGAUAGAUCAGUUUUUGCAAGCACGUCCAUACUGUACAGUGACACCAUCCCUUACUUUCUUUAAGCAUCAAAGGAAAUGCUCAUAAAGAGUAUUAAUAUGUAUGUGUUUUUAGCGUAGUGCUGUUCUCUGAACAAAGGGACAAAAGAGAAGCCCCAGUAUCGCAGUACUUUAGAUUAACACAGUGACAACACAUGCACUUUUACUCACAAUUUUGGCUUGUGUAUCGAUGCAUUUUCAACGUGUGAAGUACCCAUUUACUAUGUAGUACAACAAGGUUGCAUAGUUGUACUUGCUAGUUUUCAGGCUAUAUUGUGCCAAUUUGUCAUCACUAAAAAUUUGAUGACAGGUGACCAGAAUAUGUUUUAUUAGAGAUGUGAAGUGAUUUCCCUUCUGCCUUAGGAAAAACCUAAAGGGAAAAUCUACCUCUCUCAGCUGCAGGGGAAUACUGUAUGUCCCUCACCCACUAGUCAGCCAUGUUGUCUGCCUAUGCUGUUUGCCACUCUAGUGAGUGAAACAAAAUGUUUAUUUCCGUGCCCUCUAAUUUUUGGUGCUGUAUAUAUGAGUAUUUUAUAUUUCUACUGUGUAUUUCUACUUAUAUGUAUAUUUUAAUUGUUGUAUUAAAUAAAUGUUAUGUGAACACCGUGGUCUGUGAUGUUCUAAUCUGUGCCAAAUUGUU